AUGGCACCACGUGUGAGUGUGUUGGUGCUGCUGGCUGCGUGCCUGCUGGCCGCAGCCGCUGGCAGCGCCGCUGGCGACUUCCAGCAGGGCUCUCGCAAAAUGCUUGCUGAGAGAUCCGUGAUGGGUGCACGCAGCCUCUUGGAAGAAGCCAACAACAAUAACAACAACAACAACAAUGGUGGCGGGGCGGCCAACAACAACAACAACAACAACAACAAUGCCGGCGGCGCUGCAGCAAACAACAACAACAACAAUAACAACAACGGCGGAGGCGCAGCAAACAACAACAACAACAAUAACAACAAUGCCGGAGGGGCGGCAAACAACAAUAACAACAACAACAACGGCGGCGGAGGAGCUGUCGUGGCCAACAACAACAAUAACAACAACGCCGCCGUUGCUGCACCGUUGUGUGACAUCAACGGUGCCGACUGCUGCGCGGACCGGGGCCUCAACUCCCGUCUGGUGCCCAACACUGUUGACCAAUCGCUGGAAGCGAUUGCCAUUGCGCAGUUCAACUCUAUCCCGGCAGGCGGCGGAUUCGCAGUCACACCCUCCGUUAACGGCGCGCUGGCAACCACUGGGCAGACGCGGGUGCAGAAGGAUGCGCAGGGAGCCGGCGAGGCUUUCAGGAACGCUAUCAUAUCCCUCAAUCGGCCUUCCCUCGCUCAGGGGGCGCGACACACCUUCCGCAACGGCGCCCAAGUCUGCAUCCCCAAUGUCUUCGGCCCCGCCGUUUCUGGAGGGAACGUUGGCGCAGCCGCGCUCCUGACACCGGCAGCCAACAACAACAAUAACAACAACAACGCCGGUGCUGCAGCAAACAACAACAAUAACAACAACAACGGUGGUGGAGCAGCAGCCAACAACAAUAACAACAACAACAACGGUGGAGGCGCGGCAAACAACAACAACAACAACAACAACGGCGGUGGCGCAGCUAACAACAACAACAACAACAACAACGGAGGAGGCGCGGCCAACAACAACAACAGUAACAACAACAACGCCGGAGGAGCGGCGAACAACAACAAUAACAACAACAACAAUGCUGGCGGAGCAGCAAACAACAACAACAACAACAACAAUAACGCUGGUGGCGCUGCUGCGAACAACGACAAUAACAACAACAACGCCGGCGGCGCAGCAGCAAACAACAACAACAACAACAACAAUGGAGGCGCCGCAGCAAACAACAACAACAACAACAACAACAACGGAGGCGAGGCAAACAACAACAACAACAACAAUAACAACGGUGGCAACGGGGCAAACAACAACAACAACAAUAACAACAACAACGCCAAUGCCGCAAACAACAACAACAACAACAACAACCAGGGGUGA